AUGGCCGACAUGAUCAUUCCCUUCGCCGUCCUGGCUGGUCUUGCCCGGGCGGCACCACAGGCUGGUAUACACCUCACUGGCAACCUCAACUUGAGUGGCAUUGUCAACGCCGAGGCCGCUGCUGCUGCGUCCUCAUCUGCCUCUGCUGAGGCUCUGGCCUCUCCCCCAGUUCUUGUGAACCCUAUCGCAAGUGCUAUUGACGAUGUCCCAGUUGUCGGCAGCGUCGUCGAUGAGGCUACCGGCAUUGUCAAUGCAGGUCCAAGCAUCACCCUCCCAGCUAUCCUGGACACUCUUCCAACUGGAGGAUACAUCGAGAUCGUGGUCCCAACCACGGUGCCACUGUCCAACACAGCUCUCAUUGAGUCUCUGGGUGCACUUCCAGCCAACGCCGAGGUCACCGACAUCGUCUCAUCGGUCCUUGAUGGCAGUGUCUCCGUACAGACGACACUCCCAGCCGACUACGUUCCAGAUGACCUGCCAACUGGCGUCAUUGGCGGCAUCCCAGAGAUCACCGCUGCUCCAGAUGUCCAGAACAUCGUCAAUGAGCUCAAGGGUGGUCUUCUUGUAGAGAUUGCCGGCAGUAUCGCUUCUGCCCUUGACAAGCUUGCUUCUGCCGCCGGCGCAGAGCUCCCAGCCGCUCCAUCCAUUCUACCAUCGCAGAUCCUCGACGCUCUGGAGUCUCUUCCCACCCUCGUGGCUGCCAGCGCCGGCGCAGAUGCUGGUGUCACUUUCGCCAGCCGUGAGAAGGACACCUCUAACGACCCAGAGGACGUCAAGGAGAAGCGUCAGCUUGAGGGGCUUGGUAACCUUCUCGCUGGGCUUACUGGUGGAAGCAACCCCUUGACCGCCUUGACUGGCAGUGGAAACGUCAACUCGGUCACUGGCCUUAUUGGCGGAAACGGCGUGCCGCUUGGCCCCACAAACCCCAUCAGUGCUCUGCUCGGCGCUCUCGGCGGUGCGGGCUCACCACUGGGUAAUCUUGUCAAUACCAUUGUCGGUCUGCUCGGUGGUGUCGCCGGUGGACUUUCAAGCCUCACGGGCAUUCUCGGCGGCGGCAGCAACCCACUUUCUAUCCUCACUGGUCUUCUUAGCAACCUUGGUGGUGUUGCUGGCGUGACUGGCGGUCUUACUGGAGGCUCAGGUCUUGGUGCUAUCACUUCAAGCCUGCCACUUGGCUCCCUCCUCGGUGGUCUCGGCGGCCUUACUGGCGGUCUCGGUGGUCUUGGUGUCUCUCGUGUGUCUGGCGGUGCUUCUGCUGGUGGUGUGGGAAGCAUUGUUCUUGGUGUUACCAGGAAGAUCCCACUGCCACUUGGUGGUCUCGCUCCUCUCGUCGAGGGUAUCAAGAGCGCUGCUCUCGCUCCACUCACCAGCAUCCUCCAGAACACCCCAUUUCUCGGCCAGAUCCUGCAGUCGCUCGGCAUCUUGAACACCCUCGCCGUCCUCAACAUCGGCAAGUUCGGCAGUCUCGCUCAGCUCACCGAUCUCCCAGCCAUCCAGUCCGCUGUCCUGCUGCUCAACACUCCAGAUCUCGCCACCGCUACUUACGUCCUCACCAAUGCGACUGGUGGUGCCAUCCCACUCGGCCAGCUCCUCGAAAACCCAACCGACCUCGUCCAGGUCGUCUCUUCCCUGCAGCCACUGGUUGCCAACUUGCCAGCGACUGUCUCUUACAUCCUGCUUUCUCAGCUUGGUGCAACUGGUAUCCAGGCUGUUGCUCCAGACGUCGACACUAGCGCCGUCAGCGGCAUUCUCGGCAAGCUACCAAUCACUGGUCUUCUGAGUGGUCUUUUGGGUGGUUUGACUGGUGGCGGCGCUGCCGGUGGUCUUGGCGGACUAGUUGGUGGUCUCACCGGCGGCCUCACCGGCGGGCUUACUGGAGGUCUUACUAAAGGUUUGAUCCCGGGCUCGAAGUAA